CAAUGUUUUGCUUUGCCGGUCUUCAAGUUGUCCUAAACAUGGCGGCCAAACCCAUCAAAGUUGUGAUCACUGGAGCCAGUGGAGAGAUUGGUCUGAUGGUCAGCUACAUGAUGGCCAAGGAAGAAAUCUGUGGAGCUGGCCAGCUCAUCGACCUGGUCAUGGUGGAGAAUCGGAGCAGGAUGAAGCAGUUGAGAGGUGCAGUGGGUGAGAUAAAAACAUGCAACUUGACUAACGUCCAGAACUACAUAACCACUGACAAUCUGAUUGAGGCAUUUACCGAUGCAGAUAUUAUUUUCUUAGUGGGAGGUCUCUUCUCUGCGCCAGGAUUCUCACGGAAUGACGUCAUCGGAAUGAAUGCUUUGGAAUUCAAGGAAAUAGGUUUGGCCUUGUCCAAAGUGGCCAAAGCGACAGUGAAGAUUGUUGUCGUGGUGGAGCCUCAGAAUAUCAACCUAAUGGUAUUGAGUUAUUUCGCACCAGAUCUGAAACCCUGCAACCUGACAGCUCUGUCCAGGGUUGACCAUAACCGAGCUCAGACGAUGUUAGCAAGAAUGUUGAAUAUAUCGUCUGACAAAAUUGUCCAUCUCACUAUGUGGGGGAACAGAUCAAUCACAAUAUUUCCCGACAUAAGACACGCCAAGAUUGAAAUCAAAGGGAAACUACUGCCUGCCUACGAGGCAAUUAAAGAUGAUUUCUACCUCAAGUACAAAUUCACGGAAGAGCUCCAAAACAGAGAAGCAGAAAUUUUAAAAAAACGCAAGACUAGCGGAUGCUUCCAGACUGUCGCUAUAGCAGCAGUUCAGCACAUGAGUGACUGGAUUCACGGGACCAAGCCUGGGGACUGGACAUCCAUGAUCGUCAUGUCUGAUGGCAGUUACGGCAUUGACAAAGGUUUGGCGUACAGUUUCCCUGUCAGGGUGUCAGCAGCCGGCGAGUGGGAAAUUGUUUCUGACCUGGACAUCAACUAUUAUGAAAGAGAAAAACUAGAUGAACGAGUCAAUGAGAUUAAGGCAGAGAGGAUGUUCGCCUACGGUAUACUCGAGCUUCCCGAGGCCAAGAUAGAGGUGCAGAAAGACGAAGAGGGCGCCGUAGACCAAGCACGCGCCACGAAGUGGAGCUUUGGGCACGCCGAACCCUUGCCUUGCAGCAUUCUUGGGGUCCUGGAGCAGGACAGGCUGGGCACCAUGUGAUAAGAGACGAGGCUGGGGGAUCAAGUCACCUUGAUCCCAAAGGGGGGCUGAUGGGAAUGGAGUGCCCGAGAUGAGAUGAUUUAACUCAAGCCACUAUUUUCUUAACAGCUCUUAGAGAUGUCAAAAAUAUAUUCAAUUAAAAUUAUCCUAAAAUAAACACGUAUUGUUUCAUUCU